AUGGGGAAAAAGAGAAAAACGCCGCCACCGUCUUCACCAAAGUACCGUUCACGUUCUCCUCUUCCGAGGAAAACAGGAAAACGCGAUGAACCUCUAGAUUCUCCAAACACGAAGGAAAAAGCACGUCCAACAUCACAUCAAAACAAAACAGAAAAUGAUAAACCAACGUCUGUAGAUACUGAUCAAGAAUCGAUAUCUGAAAUUUCCGAUUUAUCAUCAUCAACAUCCGACAUAUCUAAAAUUGGCAACCAAACUUCCGAAACAAAAACCACCAAACCAAGUCAUCGAAUUCCACCAAUCUUUAUACAAACCAGCCCAGAAAUCUCAUGGAGAGAACUCGCCAAAGUACUCUACGAAACACCAAACCUCGACCCAGUGAUAGCAAAAACCACAUCCACCCCUUUCCAAAUUCAAAUUAACUGUCCAAAUGAAAACUCUUUCAGAAUUGUCCAAGAAUUCAUGACCUAUAACAAAAUUAAUUAUCACACCUUCGCACUACCUGAAGAGAAAUCCCUCAAAAUUGCAAUUAAAGGCAUCCCUCUCGACAUUACAAAUGAAGAGAUCAUGGCAGAACUACAACGUAUUGGUUUUAAACCCAAAUUUGUACGAGCCUUUGAAAAGAACGGUAAAAGAUUACCAAUUCACAUGGUCUCCCUAAACCGUACUGAGAAUGUUAAAGAAAUCUAUGAAGUAUCCGACCUUUUCUACAUUCGUAUAAAAAUCGAACCAUAUAAAUCUACAGGACCUGCACAAUGUUUUUCCUGUCAACGUUUCGGACAUUCCUCUCUGCAAUGCGGGUACCCGCCGAGGUGCGUAAAAUGCGGAGCAAACCACUCAAACAAAGACUGCCAAAAACCGAAAGUAGACGAUCCAACAUGCUGCAAUUGUAAAGGAAAGCACACUGCUAACUACAGGGGUUGUCCUUACUACACAAAAAUUAUUACCGAAAAAAUUGAAAAAUCUAGAGACACAAACACUCGAACAAUCCUAAAAGCCACACCUCCGACAACUUUAACUCAAACACCAACGACCAAAAUACAAGAUAUCGCCACAACAACAAUUUCCUACGCAAAAGCAACAUCAAAACAAACAGAAAAACCCGAACCCACCAUCAAUGCAUUAACACUCCUUCGCAUUCUUAAUGACCUCCUCACAACAGCGCAAAAAUGUGUAGAUGCUACAUCGAAAGACGCAGUCAUUUCAACAGCACUAAAAAUCAUCAACGCCAUACCUACAAUCCACAAUGAAUGA